CUCACGCAGGCUCCAGCUCAACCCAUCUACUGCCACGUGGCACCUCUACAACUGUUCCUGCGUCCCGAGAUCCACCACCAUACGGUCUGGAUGAGAUGGAUCUUUUUGCCCACGGCCACGAUCUCAGCACUCGCUUAAUUACUCUAAAAACUCUCAACUCGGCAAUUUCGUCCACUCAAAAGUAGUGGUACCUCUGAAGUUCAAAGAAACAUCAAGGGUAAUCCUCCAAGCCCUUAAGCAAUCAAAAGUCACUGGGUGAUCUCGAAUUCAUCUACGCUCUUUGAGCUCAACGAAAACUCUCUGCUACAGUGACGAUUGACGAAUGUCUCUGCUUGCACUCGUGAUCCACAGCUAGUGACUGUUUGUUUCCCAAGAAAAUUUGAAUCUUUGACGGAUAAUCCGAGAUGGGUUUGACCGAAACCUUGAGGUCCAUCGCUUGGGAGCAAGAAUCAUACCCGGCACAUGAGGAUUUCACAAUCCUUCUCUUCUUUGCUCUCUUCUUCCCCUCUGUUCGAUUUUUCCUCGACAGGUUCAUUUUCCAGAAACUGGCCACUCGAUGCAUUUUUGGAAAGGGAGAUGAGAUGCCAGAUGUUGAGACAAGCGAAAGAAGGAAGAAGAUAAGAAAAUUUAAGGAGUCAGCAUGGAAAUGCAUUUAUUAUCUUUCAGCAGAGCUUCUCGCUUUAUAUGUAACUUAUAAUGAGCCUUGGUUUACUAACACAAGAUACUUUUGGGUGGGACCAGGAGAUCAGGUUUGGCCUGACCAAAAAAUUAAGUUGAAAUUGAAGGGAUUGUAUAUGUAUACGGCUGGAUUUUAUGCAUAUUCCAUAUUUGCUUUGAUUUUCUGGGAAACAAGGCGUUCAGACUUUGGGGUUUCCAUGAGUCAUCAUGUUGCAACCCUCACUCUCAUUGUGCUAUCUUACAUUUUUAGGUUUGCCCGUGUUGGUUCAAUUGUUUUGGCUCUUCAUGAUGCUUGUGAUGUAUUUCUGGAGGUAGGGAAGAUGUCCAAAUACAGUGGUGCUGAAAGGAUAGCUAGCUUUUCAUUUAUUCUCUUUGUUUUGUCCUGGAUCUUACUGCGCCUUAUGUACUACCCGUUCUGGGUCCUAUGGAGUACUAGCUAUGAAGUUACUCUGACCUUGGACAAGGAAAAACACCCAGUGGAGGGACCAGUUUAUUAUUAUGUGUUCAAUACUCUUCUAUUCUGCUUGCUUGUUCUUCAUAUUUACUGGUGGGUGUUGAUGUACCGGAUGCUUGUUAAGCAAAUCCAGGCAAGAGGCCAGCUUAGUGACGAUGUUCGAUCUGAUUCUGAAAAUGAAGAUGAGCAUGAAGAUUGACCAAGAAACAAAAUUUGUGUCCGCUUUGUAAUGAUCAUUGCAAAGAUGAGAACAGCAUUAGGUCUACAUCUGAUAUCUUUAUUUGGCUAAAUUGAGAAACUCGAUGCUGGAGAACUCUCCCUUUUAAAUUGAAAGGGUUGUAUAUCAAUUUGAAAUCAGAUAUGGAAGCAGGUUUUAGACUGUAGCAAUUGGUGACAAGUUUCAUUUUAUCUUUGAUAUUUUGGCCCAUGCAACUUGCCACCUUAAGUUCACGUUCGCUGGCUGGGAAAUGAUUUGUUGUACGGAAAUUAACAGCUGCUUGAAAGUUUAAUAAAUGUACUGAAAGAGUUGAUCCUGCUGA